GAAUGUCACGCCCAGGUGAUUUCUUUCUUUAUGAGUUGUUUUUACUUUCACUUAGCUUUCACAACAGUCUUUAAACGACCUUUAACAAACGUACGUGAAGUAAUUAUUUCAUUCUCCAUAUACACAGCUCUGUGUUAGAUAUGAAGACACUCCUAUUUUGCAUUUUAGCCAAAAGUGCAGCAUCUUUUAUGGUAGGCACACCAAAUGAUCACUUGAUUGCAGUCAAGGGUCAUCCAGCUGUACUAGGCUGUCAUUUUACACCACACCCUGACCUCUCCAGCCUGACUAUAGUGUGGCAGCGCCAGGAGGACUCACAAGUCGUGCACAGAUUCUAUUAUGAACAGAACCAGCUAGACCAUCAAAGUCCAGAAUACCACAACCGGACCUCAUUGUAUAUUUCAGAGCUUGGUAAAGGGAAUGCCUCUCUCAGGAUAGAUGGAGUUGGACUGAAGGAUGUGGGUUGGUACUUGUGUAAAGUGAAAAACAUCAAUGGGGCAGAAAAAGCCAAAAUAAAACUUGACUAUGGAGCCUUUUACUCUGAACCAAGGUUGAGCAUUCAUGUGAACUCCACCACAAUAACAGUGCAGUUUGAGACCGAGGGAUUCCCUAAACCUGAGGUGAUUUGGCUGGAUGAAUAUGGUCAGGGUCUCAUUCAUCACCUGGAGCUCCAUGACCAGACAGAAGAUGGACUUUAUUUAGUUAGGAGCAGAUAUGAGGUCCAGAAGCCAGCAGUUGAUGUCACAUUUACACUAAAGAACCACCUCCUGAACCAGAAACUUGAGAGACCUGUGAUAUAUGUUCUAGGAGAUGCUGGAGACGGAAACAUUGCACUCAUAUUUCUCUCAAUUCUCUGCAUCAUUUUGAUUGGGAUUCUUGCUCACAUGAUGAUAGGAGCAAAAGCAGAUUUAUUAGCUAAAUGCCAGAAGCAUUUCUAAACCAGAUAGAUUCUAACCUAUAUAAAUCAAUAUUAGGGUAUUUGAGCUGCAGUGGGCUGUGAGUAUCAGGGUGGAUAUAGUAUAAAUCUUUCAAAAGUAUGCUUAUCUUUAUUGUAUUUUUGCCACGGCAUGCUGUUUUGUAAUGAACCCUAACUGUGUACUUAUUUCUCCUUUUCACGUUUACAUACAAAUGUCACAGCAUCUCUGGUGUUUAAUUUUAUUUAUUUAUUUAUACAUUAUUUUAUUUUAACAUUUCAGUCUAUUUAUAAAACAUUUAGCUCUUUAGAACACCAAAGUAAUUGCAGCUGACAAAAUGUUUUUAUUUAUUUUAGUUCUAUAGAAUUGGGAUAUUCAGUGAUGUUAAAGUGAAACUGGACAUGAUUUUGUUCUAUUUUAAGUAGAAGGUCAUCUAAGUAAAUAAAUGAUGACAGACUGUGUUUGAAGCUAAUUAUUCUGUUUGAUAGAGAUACUAACCCACUAUAAAAUCUAACACUUGCUAUAUAUUCUGUAUACAUUUUUAAUUAAGUUAUUUAUGAACUUAUAACACAUUGAUUCAAUAAAACAUAUUAGUUAUCUGGGA